AUGGAGAGCUGUCGGUAUUUUCAGUGGGUCCUGCUGCUUUGCGCGCUCGGCGGCGCGCCGGCCUCCGGACUGGAAGGCGACGAUGACCUGGAGCUCGCCGGUCUCCUCAGACGGGUUUCCUCAGGGCUCCUGGUCCGAGACGAACCGUUCAUCAUCAGCCGACACCCGUCGUUAAAGGAGGACCUCCCCGAACAGCGGGAUACACCAGAACGCCGCUGCUUCACCCGGGGAACCGAAGACCAGUCCGCUUGUCAGGACACAAACGGGGGCCCGGACGUCGGCCCCGUCGUGCUCACCAAGGACGGCCCCAUCAGAGGGCUGACGGUGGACCAGGCCCACGUCUUCUACGGGAUACCGUACGCCGACCCGCCGGUGGGAGCACGCCGCUGGAAGCCGCCUGGAGCCGUGAUGCCGUGGUCGCGGCUCUACGACGCCACCUUCCCCAGGGCCGCGUGCAUGCAGGGCUGCGGGGGGGCCAUCUCGGACCGCUGCCCCAGGAAGGUGAGUGAGGACUGUCUCUACCUGAACGUCUUCGUCCCACGGGACGUCAACGUCAGCAUGCCGCUGCCCACGCGCCUGCCCGUCAUGGUUUGGAUCCACGGUGGCGACUUCAUCGCGGGCUCCGCCUCCAAGCCGCUGUAUGACGGACGCUUCAUCUGCAACCACACCAGGAGCCUGCUGGUCAGUCUGGAUUACCGGCUGGGUGCGUUUGGCUUCUUCGUGUCGGGAAGCGAUCCCAAAGUCUCAGCCACAGGGAAUUACGGGAUUUUGGACCAGCAGGCGGCGCUGCUCUGGGUCCAACGAAAUAUUGCCACAUUUGGAGGCGAUCCUGGGAAGGUGACGGUUGUCGGCGAGAGCGCUGGCGCCCAGUCGGCCAGUCUGCACCUGAUGAUCCAGAGCAGCAAACCGCUCUUUAAACAGGCCGUCCUCCAGAGCCUGCCCUUCACCGUGCCCCUCAAGACCCGACACGACGCCCUGAAGCUGGGCAAAGACUUCGCCAAGCUGGCGAACUGCAGCGUGAGCGACAUGGCCUGCCUGCUGGCUCUGCCCCCACAGGAAGUCCUCACCGCCCAGAUGAAAUCCAGUUCUAAGAUGGUGAACCCCUUCAGGUUUCUGGAGAUGUUUGAGACGUGGGGGCCGUUCAUAGAUGGAGAGCUGAUCAGAGAACAGACUGUCACCGCCUUCCAGAGAGGACACUGGCAGAAAGAGAAACCUGUGCUCCUGGGUACGACGUCAGAGGAGGGCGUCAUCUUUGUGUACGGCGUCUUCACCAAACCCGUGUCGACGAUGGAGUGCACCGUGUACACGGCGGCCAUUUUUAAACAGCACGCCGUCCGCAUCCUGCACAAGUACCUCCCCCUGUACAAAGACGCCGAUCACAGAGACAUGCUGGCUCAGAUCGUCACCGACUACGUCUUCCGGUGCCCGGCGCGCAAGUCAGCGCGGGCCGGCGUGGCGGCGGGCAGCCAGCUGUGGAUGUACGUGUUCGACCACGCGCCGUGGGACCGCCGCAUCUGGUCGGGCCUGACCUUCUGCUACGCGCACGCCUGCCACGGCGCCGAGCUGCCCUUCCUGUUCGGCUCCGCCUCCGUGGCCAACUUCACCCUGACUCCGCCCGAGAGGCUGCUGUCCAACCGCGUGCUGUGCUUCUGGGGCGCCUUUGUCCACAGCGGCGACCCGUCGUCGCGGGCGCAGCAGACCGCCUUCUGCAGGCAGCAGCGCCUGCCCACGUGGCCGCGCUACAGCGACACCAGCGGCUGGCUGCUGAUGAACCUGACGGUGCGCUCGCACGCGCAGGCCGGCGCCCGAGAACACAUCUGCGACUUCUGGGACCAGCUGAGAAUCUAUUAG